AUAAAAAGGUGAGUAUCUGAGAGCAGGACAGUGAGUAACCAGCUGAUUCUUCUUCAGAUAAAGAUCUCUGUAAAAAAUCUCCUCCUGCAUGCAUUUCACAUCAUCUACUGAACUUCUACUUCAAUUUCCAGCAGUUUGUGGUGAGAAAACUCUCUCUUUUAACACAUCUAACACAUAACAGCACUUCUGAUGAUCUUUUAACAAUCAUUAAUCCACCAUUACAGAUAGAUGAACAGGUUCAGAUGAUGAAUUUGCAUGUUCAUUUGUGUUCAUGUUUCUGUUGUCCUCUAACAGAUUUCUGAUAUCCAUCAUCUCACACACUCAUCAGACUCUCCUUACACACUCCUCACACUCUCAUUUCACACUCCUCCACCGUAUGCCACGAUGAAGCUCCUCGCUCUGGUGUUCCUACUCUCCACUUUCUCCUCACUAACCCUUACAGAGGUUGUUAAUUCAUUUAAACAAUCCUGUCCUAACUUCUUCAUCCGGAACCCAAAAAAAUCAAGUGAUAUCAUCAUCCCCACUAUCUUUAAUGGACGUCAGUAUAAGACGAUUUGUCAGCGCUGGAAAAACGAAUACAGGUUUGCCACCGUGUACGACACUGAGAGGAGGAUCCCUGUUUACUCGGCCUACACACUUUUACAGGCAGGAGAGACUGAACGUUGUGAUGAAUGGAAAAUUGAACCUCAGCUGGAAAAUAUCGAAGAAUAUAAAGACUUGAAAGAGAUGAUUGAUUCCCCGAGAGAAGCAGGAAAAAUAUUCAACCAGGCUGUGAACUCUGAUUAUAUAGGUACAGGGUUUACUAGAGGUCAUGUGUUUCCACGUCAGUUUGCUGCUGAUCAGGAUCAAUCAGAUUCCACCUUUACAUUAACCAACAUAGCACCGCAAACAGAGGACAGCAAUGGACAAUGGGCCAGACAAGUGGAGGAACCGAUGCUUAAAGAAAUAAAACAGAGCUGCAAACUUGACCAAAAUCACCUGGCAUACAUUGUGACCGGGGUCGUCCCAGGGGAGAACUGGGUAACCAUACAAAGAGACGGAAAAGAAUAUCAAGAAGGAAUUAACAUUCCCAGUCAUGCUUGGAGCGCUUACUGUUGCACCAGUAAAGACGAUAUUAAGAAACUCAUAGUGAAGACCUACUUAGCUGAGCUAGGCAUAUUUACUCUCAGGCGCCCCGACAUUAACAAACUGAAUAAACGACUUACUGAACUGUAUAAUAAAGGGAUACCUUUUAAUGUGUUCCCAGGAUUAGACGUUGAAGAUUCCCAUGUGGAUCUCAUAGAACCACAUGGAGUACACAUCAGAAAUGAAUCCUACAUUUAAUCUGGAUUAUGUCAUGAAUCUACACAAAAUAUCACAUAAUGAAACAAUGCAGUGGUAGCAUCAGGUCAGGUCUUUUGGUUGCCUCUCUCUCUCUCUUUCUCUCCCUCUCUAUAUAUAUUACUAUACAAAUAAAUAUUGUCAUGUAAUUAUAUAUGUAGUUUUGUAUGUAUGUAAUUAUGAUGUAACGAUGUCAUUGAAUGAAGUCGAAAUUGCAACACAUGUCAAGUGUCAUGUGAUAUCAAGAUUGAAAUAUCUCUUGCUGUAAGAACCCAGAGUUUGUCAGAGAACAUAUGGAACAUAAUAAAAGGGAUUUAAAAUACAAACA